AUGGCCUUCUUCAGGAGGGUCCGCGAGGAGGUGGCAGCAGACCAUACUAUCCAACGCAUCAAGUACGACGGUACUAGAGUUGCCCGUGCUACUCCCUCCGCAUCUGUCAACUACCUCCUCGAUAAGGUUCCAAUUGUUCAAUGGCUUCCCAAGUACAACCCACGAUGGAUUCUCUACGAUUGCCUUGCCGGGCUUACCGUGGGAGUUCUUCUGAUUCCCCAGUCUCUUGCUUAUGCAAAGAUUGCGACCAUUCCUGUGGAGUUUGGCCUCAUGUCUAGCUGGCUUCCCAACUUUGUGUACUUCAUCAUGGGGACCUCGAAGGAGGUAGAUAUGUCAACUGGACCAACUUCACUCAUGGGCCUUUUAACAGCGGAGAUUAUUCGAGAUGUGUCCCAGGAAGGCUUCACACCUCAAGCCAUUUCCUCCGCCGUUGCGAUGUCCGUGGGGGUAUACUGUCUCAUCGUCGGACUCUUCAAGCUUGGUUUCGUCCUCGAAUUCAUAUCUGUGCCUGUCCUAAAUGGAUUCGUUUCGGCAGCGGCCAUCGUCAUUAUGCUGGGUCAGGUCCCAUCUCUCUUCGGGAUCUCAGCCGGAACCGGUACUGCAAACAUAAUCCACGACAUAUUCGCCCAAGCGCCAAAGUGGAAACCCGCGACUAUGGCCAUUGGUUUCGGGGGUAUCAUGCUCUUGGUCAUGCUUCAAAAGAUUGGGCAGAAGUGGGGUCAAAAAAGCAAGAUUAUUUGGCUGCUCGCACUAGCUCGUAGUGCCGUCGUUCUCAUUCUCUUCACUGGAAUCUCAUACGGUUUGAACAGGAAUGUCAAAACCCCUGUCUUCGAAAUCAGCAAAGUAAAGUCAAACGGCAUCGCUACGCCAAAGAUGCCCGCGCUUGACCUGUUCCAGAAGGUCUUUGCUCGAGCUGUCGCUCCAUUCCUCGCCGCAUCCCUCGAGCAUCUCGCAAUCGCAAAAGGAUUUGGAAGGAAGAACAAUUAUGCUGUUGACCAGUCUCAGGAACUUGUGUAUCUUGGUGUAACGAAUUUCUUCAACAGUUUCUUUUCCUCCAUGUCUGUGGGCGGUGCAAUGUCGCGCACUGCAGUCAAUUCUGACACAGGCGUCAAGUCGCCAGCGUUCGGACUUUUUGCUGGUGGGUUUGUGCUUCUUGCCAUCUUCAAGCUAAGCCCUGCGCUAUUCUGGAUUCCCAAGGCUACACUCGCCGCUAUCAUUGUUACUGCAGUUUGGCAUGUCAUAAUGCCACCCAGGGUGUUCUACAGCUACUGGAAGACUUCCCUUGCCGACUUUGUCGCAUCUAUGCUCUCGUUCUGGGUCACGCUAUUUGUCUCAACUGAAAUGGGAAUUGCCUCCGCCGUUGGGUUCAACGUCUUCAUCCACAUCCUUAGUUCCGCUUUUGCGCGAGUUCGACAGGUUGCUGAGGUGGGAGAAGAUUCCACAGGCAAUAAAUUCCACGGCGCUGCAGGUGUUAGGGGAGUGCCACUCGACUCACAGGUCUUCAAGUUCAACCAGUCUGUCAUUUUCUGGAAUGCUUUCUGUGUCAAAGAUCAAUGCUUUGAUGUCGUGCAGACAUUCAACUCAGGCUCGGUUAUCGCAUACGAGGCGCAGAAGGUGAACCGAAACUGGAGCGUCUCCGGUGAACGACGCAUCAAGCAGAUGCGUGCCAAGGCAGGCGUUCUCGAUGACCCAGUUCCUAUCCAAGUCGUCGUCCUAGACAUGUCCAUGGUGACAACAAUCGAUACCACAGGCCUUGUUGCGCUCAGCGACUUUAAGGCUGACCUAAAAAAGUACGGUGGCGAAGGUGCAGAGUUGAGGAUAUUCGGUAUGACUGAGGACGUCCAGGCUCGCUUUGAGAGAUUUGGUUGGGAUUUAUACCCUUCGGAAAGCAUCAGCCUAGAGCAUAGAGGGAAAUCAAAAGGUACACCAUUGUAUCAUUCUAUGCUCGAUGCAGUGAAUGACAGGAGAAUUAUGGUUGCUGCAGACGAGGUUGGGCCGGAUGAGUUCAAAAUUGUUGGGAGUGAGAAGGCGUGA